AUGCAAUACCCACAACUCUGUCGCCUCCACCACGAGGAUGCAUUCUGCCUUUUUGGCAAGCCCAGCAAGCGACAAAGGUAUGGACCCCUCUCGACAGAGGGGGAGAUAGAGGAACCACCCAAAGACACUCUCGGCGGCUUCGUAGGCGGCAGCGACACCAUCUCCAGCCGGGACCUGGACGUGACGGACGAGGGCGAGUGCGGUCAUGGGGUGCAUAGGCAAGGUACCGGUGAUGACGCGGCGAUGGCUGCAUGGGAGGCACACCGCCGGCGACUGCAGGAGUCUCAUGAUAGGCGGCGGAGGGCCCUGGGAAAUCCUUUGGCACGCUCAGCCCUCACAGCUCCGCGUGGGCCUCGCCUGGCCCAAAGGCAGGAACAGAGACGGAGAGCUCGGGCGGAAGUGCAGCAAUGGAGUCCAGCGGGGACCCAGCCCUCGAGGCAGGAGGGGGGGCAGCAGAACUGGCAGUUGGGGGAGGCCCAGAAGCCACAAGCAAGGGAGCAGCAAGUGCGGCCGGCGGGAGGGCAGCAGGAGCUGCCGGCGAGAGGGGAGCAGCAUCUGCUGGCGAGAGGGGAGCAGGGGCUGCCGGCGAGAGGGGAGCAGGAGCUGCCGGCGAGAGGGCAGCAAGAGCCGCAGGCAAGAGGGCGGCAGGCGCGGUCGGCAGGCGAGCAGCAGGUAUUGCCGAAGGGAGAGCAGCAGGAGCGGCCGGCGGGAGGGCAGCUGGAGCUGCCGGCGGGGGGGCAGCAGGAGCUGCAGGCAGGAGGGCAGCGGGAGGUGCCAGCGGGAGGGCAGCAGGAGGUGCCAGCGGGAGGGCAGCAGGAGGUGCCAGCGGGAGGGCAGCAGGAGGCGCCGGCGAGAGGGCAGCAGGAGGUGCCGGCGAGAGGGCAGCAGGAGGUGCCGGCGAGAGGGCAGCAGGAGGUGCCGGCGAGAGGGCAGCAGGAGCUGUCGGCUGGGGGGCAGCAAAUGGUAGAAGUGGAGAUGGCCGAGCUACAGCCAGAGGUGCAGCAGGACCACUCGGGGAACCGGGCCCGGCCACACGCAGGAGGGCAGCAGAAGCCGCCCGGGGGAGAGCAGCGUGAGCUGCCAAGGGAAGAGCAGCAAGAGCUGCCGGCAAGGGAGCAGCAAGCAAGGGAGCAACAAGCGGUAGAAGUGGAGAUGGCCGAGCUACAGCCAGAGUCACAGCAGGACCAAUCGGGAAACCAGGCCUGGCCACAGGCAGGAGGGCAGCAGGGGCCGCCCGGGGGAGAGCAGCAGAAGCCGCCGGGGGUGGGGCAGCUGCCGGCAAGGGAGCAGCAAGCGGUGGAUGUGGAGAUGGCCGAGCUACUGCCAGAGGUGCAGCAGGACCAAUCAGGGAACCAGGUCCGGCUGCAGGCAGGAGGGCAGCAGGAGCUGCCGGGGGAGGAGCGGCAGGAGCUGCCAACAGGAGGGCAGCUGGGGCUGUCGGGGGGAGGGCAGCAGGAGCUGUCGGAGGGGGAGCGGCGGGAGCUGCCGGCGCGGGGGCAGCUGGAGGUCGCUAGUGCGGACUCUACAAGCCAAGCGAAGAGAACCCGGGCACGGGGCCGAGGCGGGAGACGACACGCCCGUAAGACGCAAGGCCGAACUGGAAGCGGAGCUGCCGCCCAGCAGGCGGAGGGGCAGCCGGGGGCGACCGAGACACCCCCGGGAGCUCCGCGGGUGGGGGGGCAGCCCUGGGUGCCCGGGGCGCCCCAAGGAGAGCAGCAGCAAGGGGGGCAGCCGGGGGUGCCCGGGGCACCCCAGGGAGUGCAGCAGGCAGGGGGGCAGCCGGGGGUGCCCGGGGCACCCCAGGGAGUGCUGCAGGCAGGGGGGCAGCCGAGGGUGCCCGGAGCACCCCAGGGAGUGCAGCAGGCCGGGGGGCAGCCGAGGGUGCCCGGGGCACCCCAGGGAGUGCAGCAGGCAGGGGGGCAGCCGGGGGUGCCCGGGGCUCCCCAGGGAGUGCAGCAGGCAGGAGGGCAGCUGAGGGUGCCCGGGGCACCCCAGGGAGCGCAGCAGGCAGGAGGGCAGCCGAGGGUGCCCGGGGCACCCCAGGGAGUGCAGCAGGCAGGAGGGCAGCCGAGGUUGCCCGGAGCACCCCAGGGAGUGCAGCAGGCAGGAGGGCAGCAGGGGGUGCCCGGGGCACCCCAGGGAGUGCAGCAGGCAGGAGGGCAGCCGAGGGGAGUGCAGCAGGCAGGGGGGCAGCCGGGGGUGCCCGGGGCACCCCAGGGAGUGCUGCAGGCAGGGGGGCAGCCGAGGGUGCCCGGAGCACCCCAGGGAGUGCAGCAGGCCGGGGGGCAGCCGAGGGUGCCCGGGGCACCCCAGGGAGUGCAGCAGGCAGGGGGGCAGCCGGGGGUGCCCGGGGCUCCCCAGGGAGUGCAGCAGGCAGGAGGGCAGCUGAGGGUGCCCGGGGCACCCCAGGGAGCGCAGCAGGCAGGAGGGCAGCCGAGGGUGCCCGGGGCACCCCAGGGAGUGCAGCAGGCAGGAGGGCAGCCGAGGUUGCCCGGAGCACCCCAGGGAGUGCAGCAGGCAGGAGGGCAGCAGGGGGUGCCCGGGGCACCCCAGGGAGUGCAGCAGGCAGGAGGGCAGCCGAGGGGAGUGCAGCAGGCAGGGGGGCAGCCGGGGGUGCCCGGGGCUCCCCAGAGAGUGCAGCAGGCAGGAGGGCAGCUGAGGGUGCCCGGGGCACCCCAGGGAGCGCAGCAGGCAGGAGGGCAGCCGAGGGUGCCCGGGGCACCCCAGGGAGUACAGCAGGUAGGAGGGCAGCCGAGGGUGCCCGGGGCACCCCAGGGAGUGCAGCAGGCAGGAGGGCAGCAGGGGGUGCCCGGGGCACCCCAGGGAGUGCAGCAGGCAGGAGGGCAGCCGAGGGUACCCGGAGCACCCCAGGGAGUGCAGCAGGCAGGAGGGCAGCCAAGGGUGCCCGGGGCACCCCAGGGAGUGCAGCAGGCAGGGGGGCAGCUGGGGGUGCCCGGGGCACCCCAGGGAGUGCAGCAGGCAGGAGGGCAGCCGAGGGUGCCCGGGGCACCCCAGGGAGCGCAGCAGGCAGGAGGGCAGCCGGGGGUGCCCGGGGCACCCCAGGGAGUGCAGCAGGCAGGGGGGCAGCCGGGGGUGCCCGGGGCACCCCAGGGAGUGCAGCAGGCAGGGGGGCAGCCGGGGGUGCCCGGGGCACCCCAGGGAGUGCAGCAGGCAGGAGGGCAGCCGAGGGUGCCUGGGGCACCCCAGGGAGUGCAGCAGGCAGGAGGGCAGCCGAGGGUGCCCGGGGCACCCCAGGGAGUGCAGCAGGCAGGAGGGCAGCCGGGGGUGCCCGGGGCACCCCAGGGAGUGCAGCAGGCAGGGGGGCAACCGGGGGUGCCCGGGGCACCCCAGGGGGUGCAGCAGGCAGGGGGGCAGCCGGGGGUGCCCGGAGCACCCCAGGGAGUGCAGCAGGCAGGAGGGCAGCCGAGGGUGCCCAGGGCACCCCAGGGAGUGCAGCGGGCAGGUGGGGAGCCAGGGGUGCCCGGAGCACCCCAGGGAGUGCAGCAGGCAGGAGGGCAGCCGGGGGUGCCCGGGGCAUCCCAGGGAGUGCAGCAGGCAGGAGGGCAGCCGAGGGUGCCCGGGGCACCCCAGGGAGUGCAGCAGGCAGGAGGGCAGCUGAGGGUGCCCGGGGCACCCCAGGGAGUGCAGCAGGUAGGAGGGCAACCGAGGAUGCCUGGAGCACCCCAGGGAGAGCAGCAGGCUGGGGGGCAGCCGGGGGUGACCGGAGCACCCCAGGGGGAGCAGCAGCUAGGGGGGCAGCCGGGGGUGACCCGAGCACCCCAGGGCGAGCAGCAGGCAGGGGAGCAGCCGGGGGUGACCGGAGCACCCCAGGGAGUGCAGCUGGCAGGAGGGCAGCCGAUGGUGCCUGGGGAACCCCAGGAAGUGCAGCAGGCAAGAGGGCAGGGAGUGCAGCAGGCAGGAGGGCAGCCGAGGGUGCCCAGAGCACCCCAGGGAGAGCAGCAGGCAGGGGGGCAGCCGGGGGUGACCGGGGCACCCCAGGGAGCGCAGCAGCCAGGGGGGCAGCCGAGGGUGCCCUGGGCACCCCAAGGAGCGCAGCAAGCAGGGGGGAGAUCGAUGGACGACCAGGAGCAACAGUUGGAGGAGUGGUGUCGACUUCUGGAGCUUGAUACCCCCAUGGCGACUGCGGAGGAGUCAGAGGCGGACGAAGAACCUCCCAUGCCGCCUUCCCCAUGCCCCCGCUUCCCAUGCGACACGUGUUUCCACACUUUCGCUACACGGGGGGCCGCUGCGAACCACAUGAGGGUAUGUCGAGCGGCUGAGGCGGAGAGGCGUGCACAGGCUCUCGGCUCGAUUCCGUCUCUGGUGGAGACCGACACGCAGGAGCGAUCGACGCCGCGGGAAUUUGGGGACGAGGCGUGGGCUGGGGUUACGUCAUGGGAAUGGGAAACAUUUUUCAGUGUGGAGGCGGUUGGAGGGAGGACAGUUCGCCGGAUCCCACAGCGGGCCAGGUCGGGGGUCUUAGACGCGCUCUGUUGCAUCCUUAAGCGCUUGAAGAGCCAGCCGGGAGAUGAAGCCGCUACCCUCCUACUCUUGGCGUUUCCGCGCCUCAUCCUAGCCAUGCCUCUCAAGCCAGGCAUAGGUCAGAAGGCGCUGAUCACUGAGCGGUUGGGUGCGUUCUGGGAGGGGAGGUGGCGGGAGCUGUUCGACUCUGCCAUGGCGACAGCGCGGCCAGCAGUUCGCCCACUUUCCUACACUCGCUCUGACCAUGACCCGGAUGCCAUCCGCCUGUCACGAUGCCGAUCUCGGUGCAAAGUGGGGGAGUGGAGCCGAUGA